CUGUUUGUGCGUGCUUGUGUGAAUUGAAAUAUUUGGUAUUAGGUUUCUAUUUCACAACUGUGGCUCCGCUGUACAAUGGUUUCGAUUUACAAAGAAAUCUGUUUAUUUCCAUUGUUAAGACAAACAAGUCUUAACAUAAUGAACUCGCGAUAUCUGGUCUUAAUGAAACUCGUCCAUCAAUAGUUCCCAUUGAGUAAUGGCUAUGGAAAGAUUGUAUGGAACCUAUUGUGGUCAUUAUUGUAAACCAUUUAGAGGCAAAAUAUUUAAAAGAGAAAUCUAUUCACACUUUUCUCAUUGUCUGUUUAGUUGCGUUACAAUAAUUGUUAACAAGAAGAGUACAACAAAAUAUAGUCUACUGAGGAUAAUAUUUGUGUAGUUCUUUUAGAAGAAAUGAAUCCAGCUAACCAAGUGAUGCCUGUUCAAUUACCAAGUGGAAAUAUGGGAAACCAGGUUCAAAAUCCAGUAAACGCAAUGAUGCCUGCUCUAUUUCCAAAUGGAAACAUGGGAUACCAGGUUCAAAAUCAACCAAACCAAGUGAUGCCUGCUCUAUUACCAAAUGGAAAUAUAGGAUACCAGGUUCAAAUAAACCCAGAGGCUUCUAAUAUGGUUGGACCAACUCCACUCUCACAAAUGCGUAACCUGUCGCUAAAUCAAGAGGCCAACCCUCCAACAACAGAAGAAUUGAAUUACGAGACGAUAUGGGGCUAUCCACCAUUCAAUAGAGCAGAGAGUAUAUGCAUCCUUAACAAACAGGGUGAUUGGUGGAAAGCUCGAUCUCGCGAGACCGGACAAGAAGGUUUCAUUCCAAGCAACUAUGUGGCUCUAGAGGACAGCAUUGAAUGUGAAAGAUGGUUCUUUGGGAAGAAGAGUGAGAAAGAAUGCGAGAGAAUGUUGGUUCAACAAAAACCUGGAACUUAUAUGAUUACGGAAAGUAAAACAGAACCUGGAAUCUACCGAAUCUCUUUAACCAUUCAAGAAGCAUUGACCCUGCUUGUGAAGCAUCAAACAAUCCCACUACCUCAUGACCGUCAUCAUAAACAUCAUAAACAGGCAUUUAUUGGUAACUACAUCGGCCGUGCUCAAAGGGGAUCAAUCAUGAAGUAUGGAGAGCACGAGAAACCUGAGACCUCAGGCAUAGCACCCGGUGAUUGGGAGAUCGGUCGCGAACAUCUUACACAACAAAAGAAACUUGGAGCUGGGGCUUUUGGGGAGGUGUGGAAAGGUUCAAUCCACGUUACUGUGACUAAUGAACGAAGGUUUCAUCAAGAUGUUGCUAUAAAGGAACUGCAACCUUGUACCAUGUCCCCUGAAGCUUUCCUUCAAGAAGCCGAGAUAAUGAGGAAGUUGAGACACCCAAAUAUUGUUAGCAUUUAUGCCGUGGUCAUUACUGAACCGAUAAACAUCGUAACUGAGUUCAUGUGCCAUGGAAGUUUGCUUGAUUAUCUUAAAGAUGGACCUGGGAGCUUUUUUCCCUUUGUAGACCUGAUUGAUAUGGCUGCCCAGAUUGCAGCAGGAAUGGCAUUCAUUGAGCAAGAAAAAUACAUUCACCGUGAUCUUCGUGCUGAUAAUGUAUUGGUGGGGGAGAACAGAGUUUGUAAAGUAGCCGACUUUGGAUUGGCAAGGUUGAUUAAGGAUGAUGUAUACAUGUCAACAGGAUCCAAGUUCCCAGUCAAAUGGACAGCACCUGAAGCUAUAAUUCACAGACGGUUCACAAUCAAAUCGGAUGUUUGGAGUUUUGGGAUCUUGCUCACUGAGAUUCUUACUAAAGGGAAGGAACCUUAUCCAGGAAUGCAAAACGAAGAAGUAAAGCAAAAGAUUUGCGAGGGCUAUCGCAUGCCGAAAAAACAGAUUAAACCUUACUGCCCUGUUCAAUUAUAUGCACUGAUGUUGCAAUGCUGGGAUGAAGAUGCUGACCAGAGACCAGGAUUUGAGGCCAUACAGGAUACUUUGGAAGACUUCUGCUACGGGACUUCACUUUCAAGACCGCUGAAGAACAUAUAAUUCUAAAACAGUGUAGUGAUAACACAAAUGCUCCAUAUACUCAAUAAUGUGGUCGUAGUUAGUAGAUUAAAAUUAAAUAAAUUGUAAAGAAUAAAUCAUUUCAUUUAA